AUUGUUUUGUGACGAACAUACUUCCGGUUUAACGGCUGGUGUUGUGCGUGACGGAUUUAAAACUGUUAGCUAAACACAGCUAAAGAAAACCUGCUUCCACCUCAGGAUCAUCCAUCAGCUGGGACUGAUUCAUCGUGUUUACUUCACCAUCUGGAUCUGGACAGCAUGGAUACAGAUGUUCACCAGGUGGUUAAAGAAGAAGCUCCUGAAGAUCGGAGUGCUGGUGUGGACCAGCAGGACCCAGAACAGUUCCACAUAAAUGAGGAAGAGGAGGAACUCUGGACCACUCUGGAAGGAGAGCAGCUCCAUUUGAAGGAGGAGACUAAUCCUGCCAGGUUUCCAUUCACACCAGUUUCUAUAAAAAGUGAGGACAAUGAAGACAAACUUCUGUUCUCACAGCUUCUUCAUCAGCAGCAAAUAGAAGACAGAGAUGUUCCAACCAGCAGCUCAGCUGAGCAGACAACAGCAGAAACUGGUAGAGGAGCAGAAUCUAGCAGGAACCCAGUUCUGAACCCUAAUGAACAGAUAUCUGAUUCUUCAGAGACUGAAGUUAGUGAAGAUGAUGUGAAUCUAAACGUUGAGUUUUUAAACUCUGGGCCUGAAACUGGAGAUGGAGACAAUGACAGCAAUGAAAGGAGGUCUUCUGAGUCAGAUGUUAAGACCGUCAACAAAUCCUUUAGCUGCCCGAGUCAUUCAGCAAUAAGGUCUUCAGGAUGUUUGGAUAAUAAGAAAACCGUUAGAUUAAAGCAAAAUGUGGACUCAUACAGGAAAGUCCAGAAAAAAACAAAAUUAUUUAUUUGUGACAUUUGUGGGAAACAUUUAAGUCACAAUAAAAGUUUUAACAGUCACAUGAAAGCCCACACAGGACAGAAACCUUUUGUCUGUGAGUUCUGUGGGAAAAGCUUUAAUCAAAAAACACAUUUAAACAGACACACAAGAGUCCAUACAGGACAGAAACCUUUUUCCUGUGAGCUCUGUGGGAAAAGCUUUAAUCAAAGGACAAAUUUAAACACUCACAUGAGAGUCCACACAGGACAGAAACCUUUAGCGUGUGGACUCUGUGGCAAAAGCUUUAAUCAAAGGGCGUCUUUAAAUAAUCACAUGAGAGUCCACACAGGACAGAAACCUUUUGCCUGUGAGCUCUGUGGCAAAAGCUUUAAUCAAAAGGCGUCUUUAAAUAAUCACAUGAGAGUCCACACAGGAGAGAAACCCUUUGAGUGUCAGCUUUGUGAAAAAAGAUUUAGUGAUAUGUCAACAUUAAACAGACACAUGAGAGUCCACACAGGACAUAAACCUUUUGCCUGUGAACUCUGUGGAAAAAGCUUUAAUCGAAGGACAACUUUAAACAGUCACAUGAGAGUCCACACAGGACACAAUGAAUGUAUUUAAAGUGCAAGCGCUGACUACGGUUAAAACUAAUGAAAAGUCCCAAAUUCAGUAUCUCAGAAAAUUUAAAUAUCAAUAAAGACCAAUGCAAAAUAAGGAUAUUUAGAAAUGUUGGCCUGCUGAAAAGUGCAGCAAUAUGGAGUGGCUUUCUAAUCAAAAUUUGUGAAGAGCCCUGAGAUGGGAUGUGGAGCUAUAUCAAUAAACUUGUAUUGGAUUGAACUUUUGGAGUUUAAUCAUCAUUCAGGUGUUCUGAGUGAGCUCUAUUGCCCUUUUAGGUAAAACAGCUGUUACAGCUUGUUGGGAGAUAUCUUACAGUGUUUAUUUGACUUUUUUAAAUUUGACUUUGAUUAUUCUUUAGUUUCAUGAGACGUUUCACUUAGAUUACCGUUGACUUUGCUACUAAGUGUUGGUUCUAGAUCUUAGCAACGAUCUUUAUGCUUCCUGCUUUGUUUCUUCUUAUUGUCAUCAGAAUUAAAAGCUUGAAUCCAGGACUGUUUUCUCAUUGUGUGAUAAGUCUCUAAUAAAAUCCCACAACACUACACCUGCUGUCUCCCACUGCACACUCACCUACUCAGCUCUGUGACUACCUCUGUUGGCUCUCAGGUGGAUUAGUGGAGGAUUAUGGAACUAGGAUUGGGACAAUAUGGCAUUUAACUUGUACCAAGUUUUGUAACAUGCUUUGUAACUGACAUUUCUUUUGUAGCAUGUAAUUCACGUUUUGUAACACGUAACUUUCAUUUUGUAACAGGUAACUUAGUUUUGUAGAAUGUAUUUCUCAUUUUGUAACAUGUAACUUCAGUACGUAACAUGAAACAAUUAUUUUGUAACUUGCAGAAAAAAAUCAAUGUACAAGUUUCAAAUCUCAACUUUCAAAACACAAAUCAUAGUCUACAGUUUAAAAAUUCAAGUCUACAAGUACAAAACAUUUAGUCAAAAUUCUAGCUUGCUUCCAACAGGAAUUGUCUUGGACAGGAAUCCAAGACUCAUAAUUGGCUGGUCAGACUUAGCCUGUCAUUGGUUCUUUGGGAAGGAAGCUAGAAUUGAGACAUAAUGUUUUGUACUUGUAGACUUAAGUUUUGUAAUUGUAGACUUAAGAUGUGUGUUUUGAGACUUGUGCAUUGAUUGUUUUCUGCAAGUAACAAAAUGAAAGUUUCAUGUUGCGUACCAAAUGUUACAUGCUACAAAACGAGACUUACUGUUACAAAACAUGUUACGGGUUACAAAGCUUGGUACAAGUUACAUGUAAUAUUGUCCCGAUCCUAGUUCCAUAGAUGAUCAGCUCGGAGAGCCCAUUUCACCUCUGGACUUUCACACAGAACACCCAACAAAAGCUCAUCAUUCAGGAGCAGCUUGGAGGUGUUGUGUGAACAGCUGUUAGGAAACAGGGACAGUUUAUCAAAGUCAAAGUUGUGACUGCAGAGCUGCUGAGAUGUUUACCUGCUUUAGUUUCUUCACUGCCUGCUGAGGCUCAGCUUGUUUCAUGAAGUGGUUCUGCUCUGGUCUGGAAAGGAAGAACAUCCCAUAAUUUAGAGGCAAUGGCUGAAAAGGCUCAAUCGGCUGUUUCAUUUGGUGGUGGGGACAUCCAGAACAGCUGAGAUGUUGACCUCGGCACUCUGACUGGAUCAUGAUGCUGCAGCUAAUCAGACACAUUUGUAGCGUUAAGGAGUGACUACAUAUGUAACAAAUGAUCGAUAAGAUGUGAUAAUUCCAUAUAAACAUGAAAUAUCAAUCUGACUGACCUUUCAUGGUUUAAUCAGAAAAUUAGUUACUUUUACUUAUUCAGGGACCAUAAACACACCUCAUAUUAAUUCAGACAAAGUCAUGUAUUUAGUUCAUAAAAAUUUAUUUCUAUUUCCCUGAACUAAUGAUUAUACAAGACAAGGUAUGAAUGAGGAUGUAAUGUAAUGGAUACGAAGUGAUUUAAUGUGAACUGUGGAAUUCUGGAAUGGAAGCUAGAUGUUUUAGCACAACCUUUCUUAAGGAUCAGAGAGAGCUUGUGAAGUCUGGGUUGUAAAAGAAUUUGGCUGUCUGUUUGGUACACUAGAGAUUGGUUUAUAAAACCAUCCGACACCAGUGUGCAGCUGACAAUACCCUUUGUAUGUGUUGCUCCCGGCGGUCCGGAGGAAAGGCAGCUCAAGUGGUGGGUCACUGGACUUCAAGACCACCAAGAACCCAAAGAGUCGUAGCCCCCUUGAUUUCAGCUUUCACCGGCCAUGAGAUGCAACCAGGGCCCUGCAGGUUAGAUGUCUGUCUGAGGUGUGGAGUGGCUCUUAGAAGAGUUGUUGUGUCUGUAAUCACUCGCAGAGUUGCAGAGAGGCUUUGACUUGAUGUCAAAAGAAAAGAUGGUUUCAAAAAUGCUUUUGUGGGAGCCAAAUCUUAGGUGGGAGCCAUCCAUCAGCUCCCUGCUCAAAAAGGCCCAGCAGAGGAUGUACUUUCUGCGGCAGUUGAAAAAGGCCAAGCUGCCGGCCCAGAUGAUGGUGCAGUUUUACACGGCCAUCAUUGAGUCCAUCCUCACCUCCUCCAUCGCUGUGUGGUAUGCUGGAGCCACAGUGAGGGACAAACAUAGACUGCAGCGCAUUGUGCGCUCUGCUGAGAAGGUGAUUGGCUGCAGCCUUCCAUCUCUCCAGGACCUGUACGUCUCCAGAACUCGGGGGCGUGCAGGUCGGAUAGCAGCUGACCCUUCGCACCCGGGUCACAGACUUUUUGAGCCGCUUCCCUCAGGCAGGAGGUUACGGUCCAUCCGGACCAGAACCUCCCGCCAUAAGAACAGCUUCUUUCCAUCUGCCGUUAGACUUGUGAAUAGAUUAUAAACACACAACCAUGCUGGUCUUCUGUACUCGACACAGCGUCACGUUAUCGGCCAUGUUACCAUUACCUGCCAUUUUUUAUUGCUGAAAGUUUUAUUCUAGUUUUAAUCUUAUUAUUCAUGUUAUAUAUAGCACAUUAGCACCAAAGCAAGUUCCUAGUUUGUGAAUUGUUUGUUCACUGACAAUGGCAAUAAACCUUUUCUGAUUCUGAUUUUUUCACCGAUUUGGCCAAAUCAGAAGUCAGCUGGAAACUGAAUUACUCUUUUAUUAAAACCAGUUGUUUACAAAUUUGGCAAAUCAGGAUUUGACACGUUUGAGGGCUUUACCAAAUACCUUAGAAGUCACUCCUUCCUUCAGAUACAAAGAUGGUUAACUCUUAGUGUGAAUGAGAAUGAUUUAAACAUUUAUGUGAAAUGGAUGUUAAUAAUUAUCUUAUUAUAAUGUGUAUGAGUACUGAUAGAUUAACUUGUUAAAUCAGCACAUACUGAUCUGGUGAAGAUAAGAUCUGAAAUGAAUCAUUGCAGGAACAAUAUUCAUUUUAACGCCAUCAUUGAUUAAAGCACAGAUUAGUCAAACAUUUGAUUUAAACUUCUUGUUCAACACAUUUGAUUAUUUCAACCUAUAAGUUGUAAAGUCACUUAUGAACUUCAAGGAAGAUUGAACUUUAUUCAGAGUGAGAUGGUGCAGGAGUCUGGCCUCUGCAUGAGGCCUUGGCUGAGAAUGUUGUCUUCUUGUACGGUAACAAGGACUGGGGCAGAGUUCUUUGGAUUUGGAGGCCAAUCAGGUCUAGUGGUACUUGGUAAUAUUACAAUGCAUUAAAAUGCUUCACACGUUGUCUGUGGAUGAUGUCACUGCAGGCAAAAGUGCAUCAAAUCUGAUUUUUCCUGAAGAGCACAGAUCAGAUUUUUUCCCCAAAGCCGACCCAGGUCACUUUCAUUUAUGAUACGUAAUCCAUUUUUGAAAGUGAUUGCAGUCUAAACGGUCAUGUCUCAUUACAUCAGCCUCCUACGUGACUGAUCAGCGGGGGGGAGAGUGAUGUGUUGAUGUUCCUAUGGAGAAGCGCUAAGGGGUGUGAUCCUGAAAUUGUGGAUCAACUCUGUCAACAAGAUAUUUUCACAUCAAAACUCCACACAGACACAUGGACCAAACUAAAACAACCCACAAAUCACCGUGAGGUUCGGCAGCUUUUAUUUUGAAAGUGACACAGAAAAAGAACCAGUCACGUGACUCAGGCAAACAGCUUCGUUUGUGAUCAGUCACGUGGUUUUCGGCGAAGCGGGGCUUCAUGGACACGCCUUCUUGCUGCCUCGAACAUAGAUAUGUAUAUAAACACUAGAUAACUCGACCCUGCUGUUCGCCAAUGGGAUGCGACGUAGGAACGUGGCGGCCAUCUUACCUCAGACGGCUGCCCCCUUUCUUGACAUUGGGGUAUAUACAUCGACAUACAUAUAUGGACAAUGGGUUUCCAUAGGCUCCAAUAACACGUUUUUGAAGAGAAAUGGGAGGUGGACACCACCGCCAUUUUGACCGUGUCACAGGUUCCGUCAAGCCCAGACAAUUCCACAAAAGGGAAGAGAGGUGGAGCUGAGGGUGGGGCUGUAAGGCUGGGAUCAACUGACGACACCCGGUCGAACUAGCUACAAGCUAACCUGAAGCUAACCCGAAGCUAACGCGGAGGUGGGAGCUAAGCUAAUGGAGGUAGCAACCUAGCUACAACCGGAGUUAACUGUGCACAACACCAGAGCUUCUGAGUCAGAGAUACACCGGGCUGACCGCUGGGUAAAACCGGGUGGAACACAGAGGUCUCCCGAGAGCUCCACAAGCCGGCAGCCGCACAGCAGACAAGCGUCGCUGCGAUGUGAGAUGCGCAGAGCUGCCGCUGGGGAGAACCGGGUGGAAAGGUUUCCAUCCUAGAGCUCCACAAGCCGGCAGCCCGCGCAGCAGACAGAAGCCACGAUCAGACAGAUGCGCCGAGCUGCGGGGAGGGGAGAAACGGGUGGAAAACAUUGGUCUCCCGAGAGCUCCACAAGCCGAUAGUCGGAACCCAGCUCCACCAACAUAUUAUAUUUCAACCCAUUUUCUAAAAUGCAGCAUUAUGUUAAAUGCACUGGGUUUUACCCUAUUACAUUUAAAUUUCAUGGUUAAACAAUACAUGUUAAAAUCUAAGCUCAGCUCGGCAGUGACCUAAAAUACAUAAAUAUAAUUUUACUUACCGAAAAAAAUUAAGUGGAGACUCCUUGGACACUCUAUUAGUGCAAUUAAUGCCACAGCAAGUCAUUUUGUCCAACAAUUGCACAAAUAAUAUCCAAAAAAGAACGCACAAACGGCACAACUAAUGGUCUAAGUUGAGAGACUGAAAAUGUUGGAACAGUUUUUAGGCAAGGCCGAGGUUCAGGCCUUUCCACGGAGCUAGCUCUGCGGUCACGUGGGUCUGAUGCUCAUUAAUUAUACAGAAUUUUAGGCUUUUAAUACACUUAAACAGAAGAGUGGGGAAAAAUCACCCCCCUCAGAGUUGUCAUGAGUAUAAACUAAAUCAUUUAAACCAUAAACAUGUUUUGGUACCAGGCUGUAAACAGGUUUAUUUCUGCUGUGAAAUUGGUAUUUUUAACAUGGGAGUCAAUGAGGAUUUGCUCGCUUCUGACACCAGCCCCCAGCGGAUGAGGGUGGAACUGCAAUUUAUUUCACUUCCGCGUUUGCCUUUUGACCCGCAUUGUGCGGGCUUGCUACUGCUGCAGAAAUCUUCUCACCAGGCUGUGGAAACUUUCUUCUCCUGCUCAACAAUUUGGUGGAGUUCUAUCCAGAACCAGAGAAGAUAUUCUGCGGUCUUCAUGACAAUCGGAGCUCCAAAAGCAGGUGAUGGGUCAGAAAAGAUUUUCUCUAGACUUCCUGCCCUCUGGAUCUGCUGCUGUUCCUUUGGCCUCUGAGAAACGCGCUCGUUUUGCUGCUUUCAUCAGACUGGAGAGGUUCCCUCUAUCUGAUUCGGUCAUCUGAGUUGGUCAUGAUGCAGGACCGCUGCUCGCUCUCUGAUCCAUCCUGCUCACACACUCUCCGAGAGAAGCCCCGAAUCUGAAUGUGACUCUGGAGGAAAAAGCGGUUAGCUCUACUCCGUGCACUCUGGUGACCAAAGGUCCUCUUUUCCAGACUGGAUCUGUCCUCAGCUGAUCAGAACCAAAGCUUUGGAUCUUUAAUCUCAUGAGUUGUUCUGAAGCAGCAUCUUAAUCAGCUCUCCUGCUUUGUUUCUACUGCAGAAUAAAAAGAUCGCCGGACGGAAUAAAUGUUUUGGUUCCGUGUUUCAAGCCGUGAAUAGUUUUGUAAAGGACAUAUUUCCGGUUUAACCAUCGGGUUUAAGUGUUGGGUGUGACGGGUGUAAAAUUAAGUAAUAAAAGACGAAUAUUUAGGUUAUAUUCGUGCUCAUUAGUAUGUUUACAUGUUUGGUAGUCCGUCAGCCGCAUUUGUUAUUCUUUAGCGCGUUUUGAUAGUGUUUAAUGAUUGCUGUUAGCUGCUAAUGCUAAAGCUAGCCCUAUGAGCACAGUUGUUGUGCCAAAAAUCGUCUGGCUGCCAAAAAAUGAGUAGCCACCGCGACCGCGGUCAAGUGAGCCGUCAUUUGUGAGCCGCGGUCAAGCCAGCCGCAUUUUAUCCGCCGCGAAAAUUUCAUUGCGCGUUUACAACGGUCUUUACGGUAGCACAUUUUGCAAGGGAACUGCCCAACCCGUGACAGUCUGGUUGCAUAUUCAAAAAUUCAUAAAAAAAUCAUCCUUCAUAGCUGAUGUACAACUUUCACCACAUCCCUACUCUGGGACACCUACUGUACCUGUGUGCCACAUUUCAGACAGAUUUACUGUAGAAAUCCUCAGAUAUUAAAGCAAACUUGUAUUCAGUCCACACUCGUGACAGUCUGGUUGCAUAUUCAAAAAUUCAUAAAAAAAAUCAUCCUUCAUAGCUGAUGUACAACUUUCACCACAUCCCUACUCUGGGACACCUACUGUACCUGUGUGCCACAUUUCAGACAGAUUUACUGUAGAAAUCCUCAGAUAUUAAAGCAAACUUGUAUUCAGUCCACACUCGUGACAGUCUGGUUAAAUAUUCAAAAAUUCAUAAAAAAAAUCAUCCUUCAUAGCUGAUGUACAACUUUCACCACAUCCCUACUCUGGGACACCUACUGUACCUGUGUGCCACAUUUCAGACAGAUUUACUGUAGAAAUCCUCAGAUAUUAAAGCAAACUUGUAUUCAGUCCACACUCGUGACAGUCUGGUUGCAUAUUCAAAAAUUCAUAAAAAAAUCAUCCUUCAUAGCUGAUGUACAACUUUCACCACAUCCCUACUCUGGGACACCUACUGUACCUGUGUGCCACAUUUCAGACAGAUUUACUGUAGAAAUCCUCAGAUAUUAAAGCAAACUUGUAUGCAGUCCACACUCGUGACAGUCUGGUUGCAUAUUCAAGGGUGCCAUUUAACAUUAUUUAUUUUUUAGUAUCAAGGCUGUAACAUAAAGAAAGCCAGUUCUUACCACAAACCAUCAUUCAAUCGCAAAUAUUGCAAAAAGGAUUAAUAUAUAUCCUCAUUGUGAACGUUUAAGACAAAUAGCAACACUUAAAACAACUUCCGAACUGGAAAAAGUAAUAUCCGCGAUAAACAUCUGUUUAAGUACCGGAAGAGGCUAUCUCUGCUUUCUCAAUGUCCAUAUUGCUAGAUAUGCUGAGUUUUAAGGCGAAAUCCUGAGGAAUUUAGUCUAGAAAUGCAAUUACCAGUACCCUAACCGUGCGCGAUCCCGCGGUGGCUACUCAUUUUUUGGCAGCCAGUCGAUUUUUGGCACAACACCGGAACACACGCGCUAAGCUACUAACAUACCUUCAGUUCCAUGAGUAUCGGUUUAUAUUUAUGUUUAGUUAGCAGUGUGUUCCGGUUAUGUAUGUAGUUGUAUUAUUUUAACUCAUGGCAGUCUCUUUGUUUCUUCCCAGAAACCACAUCUACACACAUGUAUCUAGCUCCAGUUACAUGAGUCUGCUGUUCAAGUUCAACUUUAAUGAACUCACUGAGAAUAAUUCUAGUUUCCCUGGUUCUCUGACCGGAACCUACCCUGUUAGCUAAACACAGCUAAAGAAAACCUGCUUCCACUUCAGGAUCAUCAAUCAGCUGGGGCUGAUUCAUCGUGUUUACUUCACCAUCUGGAUCUGGACAGCAUGGAUACAGAUGUUCACCAGAUGGUUAAAGAAGAAUCUCCUGAAGAUCAGAGUGCUGGUGUGGACCUGCGGGACCCAGAACAGUUCCACAUAAAGGAGGAACAAGAGAAACUCUGGACCAGUCUGGAAGGAGAGCAGCUCCAUUUGAAGGAGGAGACUAAUCCUGCCAGGUUUCCAUUCACACCAGUUUCUAUAAAAAGUGAGGACAAUGAAGACAAACUUAUGUUCUCACAGCUUCUUCAUCAGCAGCAAAUAGAAGACAGAGAUGUUCCAACCAGCAGCUCAGCUGACCAGACAACAACAGAAACUGGUAGAAAAGCAGAAUCUAGCAGGAACCCAGUUCUGAACCCUAAUGAACAGAUAUCUGAUUCUUCAGAGACUGAAGUUAGUGAAGAUGAUGUGAAUCUAAAUGUUGAGUUAUUAGACACUGGGCCUGAAACUGGAGGUGACAACAAUAAGAGCGGGUCUUCUGAGUCAGAUGUUGAUACUGUCAAAAAAUCCUUUAGCUGCCCUGAGUGUGGUAAACAGUUUCUCCACAUGUGGACUCUCCAGAGACAUGUGAGAGCGACGAGUCAUUCAGCAAUAAGGUCUUCAGGCUGUUUGGUUAAUAAGAAAAAUGUAAGAGUGAAGCAACAUGUGGACUCAUGCAGGAAAGUCCAGAAAGAACCAAACUCAUUUAGUUGUGACAUUUGUAGAAAAAUAUUUAUUAAUAAUAAAAGUUUAAACAAUCACAAGAAAGUUCACACAGGACAGAGCCCUUUUGCCUGUGAGCUCUGUGGGAAAAUAUUUAGUAAUAAGUCGACAUUAAACAGACACAUGAAAGUCCACACAGGACAAAAAUCCUUUGUGUGUGAGAUCUGUGAACAAAGAUUUAGUCUUAGGUCAAUUUUAAACAAUCAUAUGAGAGUCCACACAGGACAGAAACCUUUUGCGUGUGAGCUCUGUGGAAAAAGGUUUAAUCAAAGUGCACAUUUGAACAAUCACAUGAGAAUCCACACAGGACAGAAACCCUUUGCUUGUGAGCUAUGUGAACAAAGAUUUAGUCAUAAGUCAACAUUAAACACUCACAUGAGAGUGCACUCAGGAAAGACAUCUUUUGUGUGUGAGUUGUGUGGGAAAGGAUUUAGUUAUAAGUCAAAAUUACACACUCACAUGGAAGUCCACACAGGACAGAAAUCUUUUGUGUGUGAGUUCUGUAAGAAAGGAUUUAGUAAUAAGUCAACAUUUCACACUCACAUGAGAGUCCACACAGGACAGAAACCUUUUGUGUGUGAGUUCUGUGGGAAAGGAUUUAGUAAUAAGUCAACAUUAAACGGUCACAUAAGAGUUCACACAAGACAGAAACCCUUUGCAUGUGAGCUCUGUGAACAAAGAUUUAGUCAUAGGUCAGCUUUAUACAAUCAUAUGAGAGUCCACACAGGACAGAAACCCUUUGCAUGUGAGCUAUGUGAACAAAGAUUUAGUAAUAGGUCAACUUUAAACAAUCACAUGAGAAUCCACACAGGAGAUAAACCCUUUGCAUGUGAGCUCUGUGAACAAAGAUUUAGUCGUAAGUCAACAUUAAAGAGUCACAUAGGAGUCCACACAGGACAGAAACCCUUUGCCUGUGAGCUAUGUGAACAAAGAUUUAGGCGUAAGUCAACAUUAAAUGUUCACAUGAGAGUCCACACAGGACAGAAACCCUUUGUGUGUUAACUCUGUGGGAAAACCUUUGAACAAAUAACAUAUUUAAACAGACACAUGAGAGCAGAGUUGGAAAGAGUUCUAAUUUUUUUUUACUUAUGCAUGAGUAACAACUAGUCACUUAACAAUUAGUAACUACUGGUUUGCCCUCCUUCCCGAUCUCUGUUAGUUUUAAGUAUGGCCCAUUGACAUAAAAAUAUGGACAUAGCCCGCUCUAUGCUCCGCUGGGGGGCAAGUUGAAGCCAAAAAUGGGAGGUUCUAAUGACUGAUUAUUUUGACUGAGUCACGUCUAGGCAAUCCAAAAAAUCGGAAAAGAGGUAGAGCUGAGGGUGGGAUGGAACAAAUAUAAACCAAUGUAGCUACCGAAGCUAACAGAGUUUUCCCGGGCGUUUUUAGCAUUACCGCGUUUUUCUUGGUAAAAAUGUCUGAAAAAACUUUGUUAGCUUCGGGCUAGCAUGUAGGUAAUGUCCCGCUGAUCUCCAAUCGUGGUGAAUGAGCUGAUCAGAAAGGCCAGGGCUCCCAGUCAAGUUAUUUGGAAUCGUAUUAUGUCCAAGGAAGGCCCCGUCUUUCUCGCAUCUGAUUAUUAUAGCACUAAGUUCACAUUUUCUUUAUAAAACUCCCCAAACAGCAUUCUGUCUGUGGUGAUGGCAGGAUAACAGUCUGCACUUGGCAUGGAAAGAUGGAUUGCCGCUAAAUGAAAUAGCCAAUAUUGGUUACACGCAAGAAAGACGGGAUCUUCCUUGGACGUACUAUGAUUCCAAAUGAUGCUUACUGGUUGCAGCGGUCUGGCUCAACACGUUAUAUUUGAACUGAUUUCAACCCUGUCCACGCGUCGGCUGCCACUGGAAAAUGGGAACAGCCAGCCGCCUGCUCUACCAAUUCGUUCUUAUCCAGCCAGCAAGGCCGGGACAGAUUACAACACCUCAUGCAAAUGUAUUGGCUCAAGACGAUCAACAGAGGGUGCUCUAGGUUACUAAUCGACAGUUUUAGAUGCAGUAGAAGAAGACGCUUUGGUACAGUAGCUUGCUAAAAUGAUAUCAGAGCUUGGUUUAGCAAACAGAAAAACAAUGCUAGCACAAGCAGGGAUGACACAUCGUCAAAAAGGCAAGUGCAGCCAGAAGUUGCAGCUACAAGUGCUUCUGUUCCUUCUGUCUCCGUGCCUCCAGCACAGUCUCAGCAGGCAAUUGCGCCACCGAGUGGCAGCAGCACCAACAUAAAUCGCUGUUCAGAUGACCUCGGGGGGUGGAUAAGCCUAAUCAGGUGUGCCUGGAAAAUUAUCCAGUUCGACUUUUACCUGCAAAAAAACGCAGUUUUUCUUCAUCAUGGUACCAAAAUAGAACAUGGUUGGAGUAUUCAGUGAAAACAGAUGCAGCAUACUGUUUCCCCUGCAGACAGUUUAGUUCUCAUUCCUCAUCAUCCGACUCAACAUUCAAAGAAUCAUGCUUGCAUGAUUGGAAGAUUGGAAGCAUGCAAUAGAAAAAGAUAAAGGACUGAACAAGCAUGCAUCAUCAAAAGACCACAUAUUGUGUGAGCAACUUUGGAGAGAGAAAAGAAUGUGCAUUGAGACUGAUUCUGAAAUCACAACCCUGGUGCACAAAGAUCAACUGGCCCACAACAGAUAUUAUGUAAGCUCAAUCAUUGACAUUGUAACUUUUCUUGCUAUCAAUCAUCUGCCUUUCAGAGGAGACACUGAUGCAUGGGAUUCAGCAGGACAGACUGGUAGUGGCUUAUUCUUAUCAUUGUUUGAGUUUACUCUGGAAAAAUACCCACAUUUGGCUAAAAUAAUUCCUGCCAUCCCAAGGAAUGCAACAUACACAAGCCACGAGAUUCAGUAUGUAAUUAUAGAACUAAUGAGUCGACAGGUGACUGAGCAUAUUGUUGAGGAAAUAGGGAACACACAGUCAAAAUGGAUGGAACCAGAGAUCCAACAGGAUGUGAAAAUCUCUAUUGUCUUGCGCUUUCUUGAUGAAACGUAUGCUAUAAAGGAGAGACUGCUGACUAUUGCUACAUCAGACGCAGGUGAUGCUAAAACUCUCACACAGACACUGAUCUCAGAAAUAAGAAAAGCUGGCCUGACAACAGACAAAAUAAUCAGCCAGGUGUAUGAUGGAGCCUCUCUGAUGUCAGGAAAACUGGGUGGGGUUCAAGCUCUCCUGCAAGAUGAACUUGGCAGAGAAAUCCCAUACGUGCACUGCUUUAAUCACCAGCUUCACCUGGUAAUAGUUCUUGUCAUGUCUGCUGAGAGAGCUAUAGAAGAUCUAGUCAGUGUCUGCAAUGCCCUGUACAAGUUCACAAGAAAGCCCACUGUUGCAGCUAGAUAUAAGGGAAACACACUGAAGCGUUUACUGGAACAGCGCUGGGCAGGACACCUGGCUACAGUAGAAGUCAUUCUGAAAUCUUUUCAGGAGAUUCUUGAAGUGCUGGAUCAUGUUGAAAACACACCUUCAUUCCCAGCAGACACAAGGAUGGAGGCAGCAGGGCUGCGCAGCGCUGUGUCCAAACCAAGCUUCUGCUUCCAUGCUCUUGUUGUGCAGAAGAUUCUGGCCAUUCUUGAGCCACCCAACAGGAUGCUACAGUCAGAAGAAAUGGAUCUCCAAACAGCUGUCCAGCUUGUGAACAGUGCCAGGGAGUGCAUUUUGGCCCUGCGCACUGAGGAAGUCUUCAUGGAGUUGUGGAAGGAGUGUUGUGGAACGGAGGCCAAUGACACAGCCAGCCAUCAGAGUAAGAGAAAGUGCAGUGUCAACGGAAACCUAAACGAUUACAUUUUGGAGCAGACAUCAGGAGCACGACCACAGGAAAACCAGAUCAAAGAACAACAGCGAUUGUUUUACAGCUGCAUUGAUGCUGUUGCAGGUGAAAUUGUGCACCGUUUUGGAGAGCGAAACAGCAAAUUGAUAGAAAGUAUGGUUUCUCUUAAUCCAAAAAGUACCUCCUUCCUGGACCCUGAAAGAAUUAAACCUCGGCUUGUUCUAACAGGAACCACAGUAAAUGAAGCUGAGUUUGUGGUUGCCUGUCAACGCAUUCUAAAACACACAGAAACCUUUUCACCGCCAAAUGAAGGGAAAUGGACAAUAAAAACAGUGCUUCAUCAUUUUCACAGCAGCCUGGAAGCAAUGCCUAGUGUCAUCACUGCAUAUAAGGCAGCACUGACCCUAGGAGCCUCUACAGCCUUGUGUGAGAAUAGUUUUUCCACUUUGAAAAAUGUGUUCAGCGAGCACAGAAGAAGCAUGUUACACACCCGGAAAGCUUGUUUAAUCCAACUUGCCUUUGAGAAGGAUCUGACCAGGAAAUGCAAGACAGAAUGGAAGGACAGAUUAUUGAGGAGAUUUCAUUCAUCAGGAAAACGCAGACUGCAGCUGUAUUACACCUAAACAGGCCGGUAACCCCAGAGGUGUUUUUACUCAAAACCCCAAAAAGAUGCUGCAAAUGAACACAUGCAAUGCAUUCUCACCACAGAGAAGCUGAAAAUCCCACAUUUGAGUUCCACCGUGUUUUAUUAAGAAAUUCAAUAGAGCAUGUUUUCAAGUUUGAGCAAAAAGGGUGUUGGUGUGUUAAAAUAAUUAGUAUUUUUUUCAAAAACAUUGUUUUUUCAGUAGAUAUCCAUGUAAAGCUGCUCUCAAGUUUCUGGAAUAAAUUUGUUUUAAACACAACAUUUGUUACACAUACUAUAGUUUAACACAGUGUUGAUUUGUGUUAUGGCUCAGAGCCAUUUGGGUUUUUCCCUGUGUGUGUGUGUGUGUUUGAGAGAGGAGAUGCAGCACCUGGCUCCAAUCUCACUAGAUUGCCUCCCGGUUAGAUUCUCUCAGCUGAUCCUGAUGACCAGCAGCAUAAAAGUCAGCCAGCCCUCAGUUCAGGGAGCGGCAGGCCAGGGAGGUUCUCUUUGGUCUGUUGUCUCCUCAGCAGCUUUUGGUUUUGUUAAGUUUUAUGUAACAACUUUGGUGGGAGCUUAAAAUUCUGUGUUUAACCGUUCGCCUUUUUAGGGGUAAAGGGCGCUUUACCCCUUCGCUUGCUUUUAUUAAGACAUCACUUGGAAAUUAGAAAAUUAUGUGAUGGUCUUUCGUGGUUUUUGUAUUAAUUUGGUUAAUAUGAGAGUUUAGUUGUUACUCGUUUUGCGUUGCUGCUGAUGUGUCUUGUUAAUCUGUGUUUUGUGUUUAUAUUUAUGUAAAUACAUGUUGUUUUGUUACUUUUAACACGAGAACAUGCGUCCUCAAUUGUUACCCCAGGCCCCCUAGACAGCCUGGAUCGUAACAUUUGCUUCUAAGACCUUUGGCAUUAUUAUAAUUUUGUGUACGUGAACAACCAGGUUAUUUCAUUUCAAAGGUCACAUAAAAGUUCAUUGAUGUGCUUAGAUAAAAAAAAAACUCCAAUGUUUGACUAAAAUGUUUUAAGAAGCACAUUAAAGUUGAAACUCUUUGUUACCAUUUUGAAUUCAGGGGUGUCUGCUGUCCUUUUGAUUCAAAUGUUUUAAAAUGCAUAUUAAAGUUGAAACUGUUUUUGAACCAUCUUAAA